CUAAGCCUCCCUAAAAUUUCAAUUGUAUUUAAAGACUGGUAGGCCCUAAUAAUCCCGUCUAAUCAUUAUUUAUUUAUUUAAUAGCUGAAGCCCCCAUCAGAUCAAAUCCAAACUCCGCCAACAAAAGUAUGUUUAAAUCGCUCAAAUCAGUUAAGGUGAAGUUCUUGACAUCGUAUCUCAUAUAGCUUUCAAAUGGAGCAUCCGGAAGGAAUAAAAAUGACACCUAUUAUACCAUAUUUCUAGUGGCUAUGGUUGCUCUUUCAACAGACUGAGAACAAUGGCUACAGUUACUGUUGCAGGGCCAUCAGCGCUAUCACUUUGCAAGCCUUCUUCCGCUUGCUAUUGCCCGUAUUCUGUAGUGCCCCAUUCUGAGUCAACCCGAAAAUGGGCACCUCCUCUUUCACUCUUCAGAGAUCCCAAAUAUGCAAAGAAACCAUUUUACAGAAGUGGGCAUUCUUCAUUUAUAUGCUUGCAUUCUAAAUUCUAUUUGGGUCAGCCCUUGCUGCUCAAUGCAGCUUACACAGGUUUCCGGAGGCAGGGAAGACGAAGACUUGUGAAGGCCUCGUUGUUUGGCGUAGGUGCACCUGAAGCUUUGGUCAUUGGCGUUGUGGCUCUGCUUGUGUUUGGACCUAAGGGUCUCGCUGAGGUUGCUCGAACAUUGGGAAAAUCUCUCCGUGCUUUUCAACCUACAAUAAGAGAGCUUCAGGAAGUGUCAAGGGAAUUCAAGAACACACUAGAGCAAGAAAUUGGACUUGAUGAGUUACGCUCUCCCAGUAUUGACCCCUCCGUUUCUGCAUCUCAAGGGAUGGAACGUGAGAAAUUGGAACAAAAUGGGCCUCCUGAGAGAAAGGCACACUUUACUGAAGACUAUUUAAGACUUAGUGAAGACGAAAUAAAAACAUUAACUCCAGAGGAGAAAUCGAAAGUUUCAACUGCAGAAAAUGCAGAGUUGGGUGGUAGUUCUUCAGCAACUAUUUCUCCAAAGCAAAAUAUUGAGGAUGGGAAAGCGAAUGAUGAAAAGGUUGUAUAAAUUGUAAGGGUCAUUGUAGAUCUUCAGCUGAGAAUGAAAGAAAUGUCAGUCUCUAUCCUAACUCUGCUAGCUUCUGUUUGGAGCAAUGAGAAAGGAGGCUGUGCUGCAUAAGUUCAUAUUCCUUCUGGAUCUCUGGCCUACAUUGUUUGAGAAAAGCGUAUGUCUUUGCCUUAAGCCACCACUUUGCAAGACAAAUCAGAAGUAAUAUAGGUGUACGUUGAGUGUGACAUGUCAGUAGAAUUUUUAUUUUUCAUCUAUGUGAAUGUUUUGAUUUUGAUUUUUAUUGGAAUCAUUGUCUAAAUGAAUAUUUAUCAGAGAUUUUUUGAAAUGUAAAAAAAUCAUGCAAUUUCUCUGGAAUUUGUUUCUGCAACCUUAAAAAACUUU